AUGUACGAGCUGGCAGAAAGCCCUGCAGCAGGAGUAGAAGGGGCAGAGAACUCAAUCAAGGCAGCCAAUGGGUACACAACGCACCUAAUGGGUGCGAUGAUGCUGAUGGAGUUGCGCGGUCCGGACAUGAAUAAUUCGCCGCUGGCACACAGCUUGUUUCUCGGACUCCGUCGGUACAUGCUGCUGGGCAGCUUGAUGAACCACAAGGAUACUUUCAUAUCGCACCCGCAAUGGAGAGAACGACCGUGGGCGGUGUAUCCGAAGAACCUGCUGGAUGUUUGCCUGGACGCGCUGUUUGAGAUGCCGGCUGUGCUGCGUCAGUGGGACGCCGUUUCGCAUGAAAGCAAUGACGCCGUCAUCCAACACAAAUGCGCUGCUAUACUCGAUCGGUGCAACGAGCUGGAUGCAGAUUUGCAGAACUGGUACGUCGAAUACGAACAAUCAUGGUCUGGACCUCUGUAUCAGACGGCAUUCUGUACGCUGAAAAGUCAGUUUGACAAUGACGAGCUCGGCAAAGUGUUUCCGAUCUCUUACCACUUCCCCGUCUUCACAAUUGGCUAUGUCCUCAUCACAUACUGGUCUGGGAUGAUGGUGGUGCAUAAUAUCGCCAUGGCCGCUCAGUACAAGCUCGCAUAUGUUGCGAGCAUGUCCCCGUCUGGCACCUUGUCCGCAUGUGCAGCCGCCAAAGAACAUACAGAUAUUUGGCUGGAUAUGGUGAGGAAUAUGUGUCAGUCGGUGGAAUAUUUCAUGGGCCAGGAGACUGGACGAAUUGGCCCUACGACAGCCAUGGGAAUAAUGCAGGGCUGCAUGGCGUCUUUGAGCGGCGAACCAGAGCUGUGGGGGAGAGAAAGAGGCUGGAUAGUGGAAAUGAUGGGCCGAAUCGGGAAGAGGUUAAAUCUUCCGAGACAUGACAUUUUGUGGAAGUAG